AUGAGGCAAAAAAACGAUAAGGCAUUUACUGAGCUUCUCAAUAGAGUAAGAACAGCUUCUCAUACUGAGGAUGAUAUUAAAGUUAUUCAAUCAAGAAGAGUUUCGCCAUCUGAUCCCAACUAUCCAUCAGAUGCACUUCAUAUUUGGGCUGAAAAUUCUCCUGUUAAUGAACACAACCAAAUGAAACUGGAACCCAUUCAAACACCGCUAUAUGUACUUAAAGCAAAAGAUCAGUAUCCACCAAAUGUUAGUAAACAAGAUAUUGAUAAAGUUUUAUCAAGAGGACGAUCUGAAACAUGUGGUCUUGAUGCCGAAAUUCAAAUUAAAGAAGGCACCAGAAUAAUGCUUACUACAAAUAUCAAUAUACAAGAUCGACUUAUCAAUGGGCAAAUGGGAACUGUAGUAAAAAUUGAUGCUAACAUUAAUAAUGUACCAACAGUUGUAUAUGAAAAAUUUGAUGACGAGAAAGCUGGAAAAACAACAAUAAAUACAAGUACCAAUCCUUUUGCUAGAGAAAAUCACGUUGUACCAAUUCAGCCUGUUCUUGCAAAGAUUAAAGUUAGACCAGGUAAAGCAUCUUCACCUGAAAUUCAGAGAAUACAAUUUCCCAUAGCACUCUCUUGGGCUUGUACUGUCCAUAAAGUGCAGGGACUUACUCUUGAAAAUGUUGUUUUCAGUUUGGACUUAAAGAAGCAAAGAUCUUUCAACUAUGGACAAAUUUAUGUAGCGUUAAGCCGUGCAACAUCCUUAAAAGGUUUACACAUACUCGGAGAAAUACAAAGUAAACAUAUCAAGGCAAAUCCCAAAGUACAUGAAGAAUACGAAAGACUUCGAAACUCCAGUUCAUGUUAA